GCUGUCAUUGCUGGGAAGGUGCACGCCCCUCAGUUUGAAAAGAGAACCGAGACUAGAGCGUGAAUCUAUGCAAAAAUUGCUAAGUCAGUCUCACUUCCUGCUGAUAUUUAAAAUGCCUGUUCUUGUUUCCAUGGCUACGAGGUAGAAGCUUGAUGACUAAGCUUGAUGCCGUAAUCUCAGUUUGAUCCUCAGGGACCCUCAGACAGUCCACGUAAUUGCUCCUUCCAAGCUCCUGGUAAGCUCCCAGCUGAGGGAGCAGAAAUGUGGACGGUCCGGUAAUGAGCACUGAGGGAGCAAAAACCAUCUGGAGGUCCCUGUAGACCGGGUUGAGAAACACUGCUGUAACCAAAAGGGGUUUGCUUUUGAGUUACCUAUCUCCUUUACUUUUUCAGGAGAACCUGUGUAUAUACAAACAAGCCAAACGUAAACAGUGACCCUGUAUAGCACUAAAUUGUAUUAAUUGUACUAUUUUGUUGUAAGAUCAGUCUUUGUUUUGAUUGUGGCAAUUUUGCAGUUAUUUAUUUUAUGAUUUUUGGACAUUGUCACUCAUCGGAGACGUGCCAUUAAUAGUCUCAAUGUACAUUAUGCACUUGCUCUUCUGUUUCAGUACAUGUGGAUGUCUGAUAUCGAGUUAUUCUGCUUUAACACGUUCAGUGCAGAAGAAUGGAACUGGUAUGUAAAUGAAUCUGAGACACUGAUAUGUUUCAUUAACGUGACAGUGACAUAAGUGCUCUUUUGCUUUCGACGGGUUAACUUGUUAAGAUUUAUACAAACCUGGCAAUAAACUACUUUCUGCUGUGAUGUUUGUGGUGCACGGAGGGGGGGAUGGUGCUGAUACUGGAAGCGUGUGAUUGUGGUUCUUAAGUGUUUAUCGUGUUCUCAUCAUGGCCGGUCUUGUGCUCGCUGAUGUUCUCUAUGCUUCAUGACCAAUGCUGCAGGCAUCCCCUGGCUCCAGUCUCCAGCAUAUAUGUAACUUUCAGUGGUUUUUCACCUUAUACAGUAGUGCAUCUCCAGAAUCUUUUAGAUCCUGCUCAUAUAAACUGUUGCUUCAAAUAUUACUCUUAUUAAAAUGAUUAAAUUCUAAUUAUUAUAUCAUUGACAUGUAAUGUUACGUUUGUCAACUGCAUCUUCCAGGAAAGAAAAGCGGCUGUCAAUUUCCUUUCAUUUUGUUUAGUAUUUCACUGCACUGAUACUGUUGCAUAUAUAUUAUUUAAAAAAAAUUAAAGUGCAAUAAGCUGAGCAUGAGUCUUGUUGAAGUAAAUGGUCAGCAUUGAACCGUCUGAGGUUGAAUGUGAAUGAUUUGAUGAUCAUUGAGUGAGUGCAUGGGAAGGUUUUAAUUAGACCUUUUGCCACCUUGACGCGGCUUUUGACAGGGUAGCGGAAAGGUUUGCUUUAUUUUCAACAUGCAGUACUGCUCUACAACCACAAAAAAAACAGUUAUUUUGACGCUGAGCAGAAUGUGAGAUGAGGUGGGAGAUACACACACAUUCACACGCACGCACACACGUAGACACACGCACGCAGACAUACACGCAUGGAUGAUGGGGAAACAAAUGCUUCUAUCAGGUUCUUAUAAGUCUCAUUACCUUGUAUGAACUAAAGCUUGACAAAACACCACGUGAAGGACCCUUUGUUGAUGUUCUCCACUAGAACGGGUAAGUUUUACACAUUGAUACCUAAUAAAUCAAUUGUCAGUUCUUCCUUAUAUUAUUGCUUGCCUAAAGGGUGUAUAGUGCUGUAUUUGUUUUCUAUGGAACUCGAGUGUGCUACGCGUUGAAUAUAAUUGUCUUGAUAUGUGAUAGCUCUGAAGAACAUAAAGUGUCCAUUACUCCUUGUUUAUUCUGUCUACUGGAUUUUAAUUUAAUUGUGUGUUUUUGCAGAAGUAGGUGAGUUUUUAUUUUUUUUGCUUUUUUUUCUUUCUCAAGCAUUGUGAAACCCAUGUCUGGGCAUAGUAAGCUCUGGCUGUCCAUGAUAAGUGAUGUGAAAAGCAGAAGAUGGGAGAGAGGAGCAUAGAUCGUGGAUGCAAAAAUAAUUUAUUUAUAGACGGCACACAGAAAAACGUAUGGGCUCAAAUUUCAAUGCUUAAUGGCUUUAUCUGUUUAAAACAAUGUUGACGAUAACCUGGGCUGUGCAUGAAGAAGCCCUUUUAUUCCAGAAUUCUGAUGACACACUGUUGAAUCGUGUUGAAGGUUUUCCUCACAGGCCGCCUUUAUUACCCUGUCAUUGACUAAACCCACUGAACACACUCAGCUUUUGCAACCGCCUGCUGUUUUGAAUGCAGGUUUCAGCUGAAAGGUGGUGUGAAAUGCAGGCUGCGUGGCAGUGAGGCGUCAAACUCGACUUGUUGAAGUGGUGUGACUUGCUUUGCACAUUAAGACUGUAUAUUUUUUUCUCUCAUUUAGCUCUGAUGGAAGUGUUAACUAGCCAACGAGCAUUACUUCAACCGCAGUCACCGUACUUGUAUAUGGUUAAAAUGGCACGCACAACAUGCAGGCUAAUAAAUGUGUUUUUAUAUUGUCUGUUUUUCGUUGGUUGACAGAUUUUUUGACGAAUGCAGCACCUUGCCUGGAUAGUUCUGAUAUUUUGGGUUUGCCACAUGCACGGCUGCAUGCACACCGAUCUCAGGAAAGAGGCGUUGGAGGGCUCUAAUGUUCACCUUCCCUGCAAUUUCUCCUCAUGUCCACAGACCCUGGAUCACAGACUCAGCGUCGAAUGGGAAUUUAAUAACACAGAGGUGCUCAUCUACUUCUACGCGAACAUCACGGUCAUCGCGUGGCCCACCCUGACAUUCACUGGUGACGUUGGCGUGGGUGAUUUCUCUAUCGUCAUGCACUCUGUCACCUGCAACCAGAGUGGCACCUACUUAUGUCGCAGUCGGUCUCCUGACAGCCCUUUGAUCUUCAAGAGCUACACUCAGAUGACUGUGACCUACAACCCUGCAGGUACGGUUCUUUGGCAUCUUGGCUCCGGUAUUUUGCUGCUUAGAAAUAUGCCAUUACUUACGGAUGUUGUCCUCAUAUGUUUUGCAGGAAAUACAAGCCACACAGAUGAAAAUCAGGAGAAAACAAUAAAUCCUGACAGGGGCCCCAGGCUGCGAAAGACGUCGGAACUGUCCUGGAUGGUGGGACCGGUGCUGUUGAUUGCUGCAGCGGUACUGGGAGUGCUGGUGCGAUGGAGGAAGAGACUUUUCCGGUGGACUGCACAAUGCUUGGAUCAGGGGAAGAGCGCCCCCAGUGGAGAUAUGUGUCCUCCACACCAAAACCAGGGUCUCUACUCCACAUGUCGCCAAAGAAGAGAACAUCUACAUGCUUAUGCAUCCUGUCCCUGGAGACCUGGCCACCACAGCCCACUGCAACAGGAAGAUGUUUCCCUCAGCUUGAGAACGCUACUCCGCCUUUUUAAAAAUCCUCUGGUGUACAAUCAAAACAACACAUAGCUGCACAGAAAAAGUGGGAUUUUGGCCCUCUCACAAGAGGAAUGCAAAGUGUCCUCUUUGUACACGUACGUCUUAUAUGAAAUAGACUAUAGAAGUCUAGAAAUGCAAAGCAAAUAAACAAAUAAGGAAACACAACAAGGAAUCAAAAAACACAAUGAAACUUCAGAAAACAUAAUGACAAAUCCGGAAACGCAACUACAAAUCAGAAAACAAAAUGACAAAUCCGGAAACGCAACGACAAAUCAGAAAUCACAAUGCCAAAUCAGGCAACACAAUGACAACCAAUUAAACCAUUUUAAACCAAGAAUGAUUCAGGGUUACACUUCACUGUUGUACGUGUAUCUUGAAAAACACAUCUGGGUGUCCAAAGAGCGGCAGGGCUAUGAGAUUCGAUUCUGUGAGUAGCUACCAUUCCCAGUUUCAGUUAAUGUUGUAGUGUUUUCUGAUUUGUCCAUUUGUUCUACGGUUCAGGGCUUCUGCCUAUUUGUCCGCUUACCUUUUUAUCGACAAACACCGUGUAGAUUUUUUUAAAAAAUCACGGCCUGAAUUUUACACAAGUAUCUCACUUCCUACCAGAAAGCCACAGCUGCAAAAUCUUAAUGGAACAUCGAUGAAUUCUGUGCUAUUUUUGCCUAUAGUUUGUAUUUCGCUCUUGCUGUGUUGAUAAUCUUUACUCUAGUAGCCUAAUAACCACUUUCUUUCUAUGCGCUUUUAUAUACCCAAAUAGAACACACGACUCAAAUAUCUGUCUGUUGCAUUGUGAAUUUUUUAAGUAGUUUAACUAGUGCUGUAUUAAUUUACCCUGAACAUUUUUGUAGGGUGAAAGAUAUGUGCUAUUUUACAAUAAUGCCAUGUUUUAAUAUAUUCCUAUUAAAGCUGUUGCUCCAUCUAGA